CUCAUUCAACAGUAAACAGUGUACAAGUGCGGUCGCGUUUACCAGUUUUUAACUUAAUCAUAUAAAUUUGCCGUUAAAUUUGGUUUUCGAUUGACUCUAUAAGUGAGUUACGUUUUAGAACAUGAAAUACCGAAAUGAAUAAAGGUCGAUUUGUGAUAGAGUUAUUGGACAUGGAUAGAUUUUGUUAGAGAAAACAAUAAUAAAACAAAAAGUGUGACUCGUAUUGUGUUCAUCGUUUUCAUUCAAAAUUUGUUCAAAGAAAAAAAAAACUGGAAACUGGAAUACAACAACCGAAAAGUUAAUUCAAGUAAAUUAAUUAAUCAGAAGAACGGCCCAUUUUGCAUACGGUGAAACCGUGUCGUCAUUAAGGCCAAUAGGUUCAAGGUUCGUCGCUUAAAAAGUCUUUCGUUUUUCAUUCUCCGCAUUUUUACCGAAUAAAACGGCAGAGAAAUGAAAGCGAUUUUGUAUUUGAUGGUCAUACUCUUGGUCAGCCAUGCGACAUGUGGAGCCAAUUCGUAUGACGAAUACGAAGAAGGUGCCAAUGACGAAUUAUCAUCCAAUUCGGAUAAGGACAUUGUGACCAGCAGCUACAUUUUGCCGAAACAGAUAUUCAACGAUGGAAAACCUUUUUAUUUGGAAAAGGAUCCAGUGUCUGGAAUGUUAGAUUUCAAUUCGAAAAAGUCGUCGGGUAUCAGCAGUGCACCGACUAUUAUUAAUCCACAAACGGACAAGGAUAUCAGCUUGAAUACAAACAGUAUUCAUACACCGAAUUUUCAUGAUUUCCUCAAUUUACCUGUGAAAUAUUCAUCGUCGAAAUUCGUCUAUCCGUUAGUGUCGUCAAGCUAUGCUAAUUUGAAGUAUCAAGGAAACAACAAGAACUUCAUUUCGAACCAUAAAAAUUAUUCGACUACGACGACAACUUCACCAAAAUAUUACACCGCUCCGACUAAACUUCAUUUACCGGAUGCAACUAAAUCAUCACCUCAGUUGUACACAGAAACCUAUUCAACCGUUGCGACAAAGAUUACAAAUCCACCGACAAGACCUCCACCAUUGACCACGAUAGCUACGACUUCGUCAACAACGAUUACAACAACUCCAACAACGGAAGCUACACAAGCCACUACAACACCUAAGCCUUUGUUCACACGAGAGCCGACAAAAUACACAACCACCAAAUACAAAUACUCCACAAUCCGAAAACGUCCGUUAUCCACCACAACUGAAAGCUUAAAGGAAUUACACAGUACAACAGUUGUAACGACUGCUCCACCAACAUCCACAACACCAUUCAUUUUUUUGACAACACCUUCACCAACCACAGCUAACAUAAUUCAACGACCUACGACCAUACACUCACCAUUUCGACCAUUGCCAACAUUGGGAACAACAACUUCACCAACAAUUGGUUAUUCUACCAGGAGCCCAGGAGAUGUGUACAGCAGCAUGUCUAACAAAAAGGACCCGAAUGACAUGAGUCUUUCCGAAUUGUUUAACUCGCUGCUAGAUGAUGAAAUGCCCGAACACUCGAAUAGCCAACAUUACGACUCAUUUAGUGAGUCGAGCGUGGAAAUUGAAACAAGAAAGCCCAUCUUACAGAACGGUUCUUUUGUUGGUGUUAGUGAGGAGAAUAUCGGAAACGAGUACGUAAAAUAUGAAGUGCAGAAACCAAAUAUUAAUGUUGCUCAGUACAAGCCGGUUUCCAGCAUGAACAACAUUGUCAUAUCACCGGAUCAAGAUUCGGCAUCGUUUGUCCUAGGUAGCCAGCAAUCAGUCGGUACUCAUUAUUUGGGAACAAAUGCAAAGGAAACUCCAACGUCGAACCAAGCGGUAGGAAAUGAUUUCAAAUACGGAACAUAUUAUGACGAGAACAGUUAUCAGUCAAUGAAACCACAAGGAUUUGUUAUGACUAAGACAACUGAAAGACCGACAACAGUAGAAAUUAAAUCGGAAUCAGAACCAUCGAAAAAUCCAAAUUCGGGUAUCCGUUUCCCGGUCGACAAAUUCGAGAACGCUCCGAUAGUAACUGGAACUUUCAAAAGCGAUUUCAUCGCUCCAAUAGCAUUACCACAAACUGGCAGUGGACACAUUGUAUUCCCACCAAAUAGUGAAACUGUUCAGGCUACAGUCAAUGCUCAGCAUCUAGCGGCCAGCAACACAGAUUUCUUGGAUAGUACCAACCUGGUUACAUUCCAAGAAAAUAAAGACAACCCGAGCCACAUUCAACCUGAUGGUGGAAACAACAAUAACCAAGUCAUUUCAUUGCACCAAGUACAAAAAAAUCAACAUCAACAACAGCAGCAACAACAACAACCACCACCACCAGGACCUCAUACGCUUCAAUUCACACAACAGCAAGAAUUCGCUCAAGCUCAGCAAUAUGAGUCACCCCUACAACAACAAUUCGUACAACCCCAAUAUCAAUUCAAUCAACAGCAAAACCAGCAGCACCACCAGCAACAAUCUCCCCCUCAGUUUGCUCAGCAACAGAAUUCACAUCAAAACGGUCCAUUUGCUCAUCAAAAUCCACAACAACACGAACCGAAUAGACAACAGACUCUGCAGCCGAAUCGGCAUGCAGAAGUGCCUAACGUGCAAGGAAACUAUCCGACAAUCUCAAAUGAUUUAACACCUCCAGAAGAAUCGAGUAAUCAUCCGCAACAACAAAUUUCGGAAAUUAAUCACCGACCUCCCAUUACGAGACCUCCACAACAUUUCGGCCACAAUGAUUUAACGAGAAAUCCACUUCCUGGCGUGCACCGUCCAAUCAAUAAUGAUCGUCCUCUACCAAAUAUUCUUCCACAAUUCAGACCUAAUGCCAAAAUUGGACAAGGACAUCCACACAAUAAAGACGCGGCAAAUGUGAGAAUGGGUCAGCCUCCUUUCGGGGCACGAUUACCACAAACACAACAACGGCUCCAACAUAACAAUAACAAUCAGAAUGGAAGACCAAAUCCGUCGUUCAGACGACCCCCAACUGCGGCCAACUCUUUUAAUGCGAAAAUGGCUGGCCCUCCACCACCAGAACAAAUGGAUCAAAAUCGUCGAUAUUUCCAAUUGCGCCCAUCACCGAACGAACGUGUUUACAAUCAUCCACACCGUCAUUUCAUUGACGGUAUGCCGUUACAACGACAUGGUGGAAUCGACGUAGCCGAAGCUAAAUCCGACUCUCUUCCGAUUUAUGAAAACAACGAAUUUCAAAGAAACAUUCCACGUAGGUCAAUUGGAGGACAAAUGCCAGAUAGAGUUGAAGAACGGGGAAAGUUGGAACCUGUAGUCACCUUACAGAUGAUUCAGUAUCAAAAGCUAUUGCAGAAAGACGCAUCAAAACAGAACACACUGCCACAUAAUAAGAAUCCUGAUGCACCUGUUUCAGUUCACACAGCAUCCGACAAGCCCCCUGUCUAUGUUGUGUAUCCAGUUAAAACGUCUCCAAUGAAAUUAGAUGUAAUCGGUCAGAAAGAAACGGAUCCAGUUGUUGUAGGGCAGAGAGGUGAACAGCCCCCUUUGCCUCCAUCCGAAAUCAACUCAAUUGGCGCCGGAAACGAAUACCAAAAUACUCCGUUCACAGUUAUUCGUCAAGAACAAGAACCAAUAUUGAUGGUCAAGCAGAAACCCGGCCAACAAGGAAAUAAACAACACUUUCCAUAUCCACUUGAACGGCCAGAGAAUGGACUAGAGGCAAACGGACAAAUUUAUUUCAAAAAAGAGCCUUUCUAUGGAACCAACGGUGUAUAUAAUUUGGGCGAAGAACCGGUCGAUGCGCAGGGCAAAGUAGUGAACAAAGGAGCAUUCAACUUUAAUCGUAACAACGAAGAGAAAAUCUCGAGCAAAUUAACGAGAUUGACGGAACGUCCAAUUGCAAUUGCCUACACACCAACCGAGCCGACACACUACUAUGAUCACAGCGACAAAUUUUCAAACGCCAAUCAUGCUAGUUCAGUCAUUCCCGAAAUUCGUGACGAAUCCGAAGGCGAUACCGAUGAAUUUGGAAACCCGUCCCGAGGAGAAAACUAUCAACAGGAUUUCCAAGCACCAUUCUACCCCAGCGUCAACUUAGGCAAUUCUCCAGAUCACCGAAAUGGAUGGUCUGUUUUGACAUCAACUCAAAAUUUGGCUAAAAAUAAGGAAAUUAUUAACCGAUCGGACGUAAAUGUUGAAAAUGACGAUAAGAAAUCGGAUAACCAGGACGUGGACAUGGACGAUAUGGAUGUGAACACCGAAGCGUUCAAUUCGGAAAGUUUUCAGCCGGAAUUUCAGUCUGGAUUUAAACCCAUAUACCCUGCCGAUAUGAAGGAAAGUCCAUCCGUUGCUCCGAAAGCGAAUAAGGUGGCUAAAGAAGUUGAUAGCAUAGAAGCUUUAGUAUACGAUGAUGAAAACGAUAAAGAGGAAACAAGCACAGAUAAGUAAAAGAGUGAGUAAUAUGGUGACAUUGUCUAGAGUCCAACAAUAUUUUUUUUGUUGGUAUACAUCCCCAAAUCAUUGGUGAAAUUUAAAUUCUUUUUCAAUGUUUUUCUUUUGAAAAUCCAAUGUAAGAAACGUAAACAGUUUGGAACACAAAAGUCGAUUCUUAUAUUUGAUUUUCGACAACAAUUUUUUUUUUGUAACUUUUUUUUGUUAAGUUAGACUGAUUUUAAGAUUUUUUUUUUAUUUAAAUUUUAAAUGAAUGAAUUUUCGUAAAACAUAAGAAAAUAUUUUUUUUGCACUUUCUUUAAGCUGAAAAAAUUGAUUAACGAAUCACAUCAGUGUGUAUUAUUAUGGCCUAGUAAUGUUAGAACGAUGAUUUCUAUUUUCGUAUUAGGUAAAUGUUGUAAUUUAUUUAUUUAUUUUUAAAUCUAAGCAAAAAAAAAAACGAAAACCGAUAUGAAAACAACGUACUACAGUAAGAAUUUUAACAAAUAAAAUUUAAAAUAAAAACGAAAAAA